AUGGCAGCGUUUGAGCGCGGGGCCCUCCCACAGCCGGGCCAGUGGCCAGCAGAUCCCCAGGAGGAUGUCGAGAUAUCAAAGGACAGGAUCUGGGUGGAUGGCUGCUUCGACUUCAGUCACCAUGGCCAUGCGGGAGCCAUGCUACAGGCCCGCAGACUGGGAAAAGAACUGCUCGUUGGCGUGCAUUCGGACGAGGAGAUAGCAGAUAAUAAGGGCCCUACCGUCAUGACCCUUGCUGAACGGAUCGCUGCCGUGGAUGCUUGUCGAUGGUCAUCAAAGUCCAUCCCGUACGCUCCAUAUGUUACUUCUCUAGACUGGAUAUCCCACUAUGGAUGUCAGUAUGUCGUUCAUGGUGACGACAUCACCUCAGACAGUGACGGUAACGACUGCUACCGGUUCGUCAAGGAGGCAGGCCGCUUUCUAGUGGUGAAGCGUACCCCUGGCAUCUCGACCACUGAUCUGGUCGGCCGCAUGCUUCUCUGCACCAAGACGCACUUUAUCAAGUCUCUUCUUGCAUAUAUCACGGGAAAGGAGGGAUCUGGUACUCCUGAAGAGAUGGAGGAGACUAGCAAGAGCCAUUUCCAGCGUAUCAGAGACUAUGCCACAGACGAGACAGGCCUACGUCCAGGACCUGAGGUCUGGCAUUGGAACGGCCCUUCGACUCUGAGUACGCCUACCACUACCGGAACCCAUGAGCAGCUGCAGCAGCUGGUAGAAGGUAUAAAGCCGAAGCCAGGACAGAAGAUUGUUUAUGUUGACGGUGGCUUCGACUUGUUUUCAUCCGGCCAUAUCGAGUUCCUCCGCCGCGUACACGUUGAAGAAGAAAGGGAGGGAGAUGCCCGUGGAUGGUUCCAUCCAGACAAAGCAGCCCAGAGAGUAAAGGAACACGGUGAGGACUACGGACCUGCGUACAUCGUGGCUGGUGUACAUGACGACGAAGUAAUCAACCGCUGGAAGGGUCUAAACUAUCCAAUCAUGAACAUCUUUGAGCGAGGCCUCUGCGUCCUCCAAUGUCGUUAUGUAAAUGCUGUUGUGUUUGCUGCCCCUUUUACUCCAACUGAAGCAUACCUCAAGGCCCUACCUUUUGGAAUGGCUGAUGUGGUGUAUCAUGGUCCCACAACCUUCAUGCCUCUAACCUUUGACCCGUAUGAAGAGCCCAGAAAACUAGGGAUAUUUAGAGAAAUCGGCAAUCAUCAGUUCCAAAACGUUAAUGCUGGAGAAAUAGUACAGCGUAUCAUGACAGCUAGAGCAGCCUUCGAAGAACGGCAGAGGAUCAAGAUGCUCAAGAGCAUCAAUGAGGCAGAAGUUAAAAAACAAGAAGAAUCAGCUAAGUUGGCUGGACAAGGUAAUUAG